CCGCUCUUCGAGCUCUAAGGAUGGAGCGGAUUGCCGGCCCACUGCACAAAAGGCCACCCUAGCCGGCGUCCCGCGUUGCCCUUGGGAACCAUUGAUCAGCGUCUCGCUCUCCUGCGACCCUGUGCGGAGAGUAAACGACGGCCCCAUUGGCUGGCCGGGUGAAGACAGGCCAAUCGAAGAAGAGGUUAUAGUGAGGUAGCUGAGGAAAGUUGUUGGGGGUUAGAAAGCUAGAGUUAGAGGCAACCCGUGAGACUAGAACCCCGAGUGUGGUCGGUUGGAGCAAUAUGUCUGUCCGGAGACACAUUGGGAAACCUGAGUAUUUGACCAAAAGGAUACCACAGAAUCCAAAGUAUCGGCAUAUCAAGUCAAGACUGGACACUGUGUUUGCAGAGUGCUGGCUACAUGGAAAGCUGUGGAUCAUGGGAGAAAGGAAGAUAGGUAACAGUAUGACGAAAUAUAUUGAGAAGCUAGAAGAGAUUAAAAAAAAUUAUAGAUAUAAAAAAGAUGAGCUUUUCAAGAGACUAAAAGUUACCACUUUUGCACAGUUGGUCAUCCAAGUUGCCUCCCUAUCUGAUCAAACACUGGAAGUGACAGCUGAAGAGAUUCAAAGGCUAGAAGAUAAUAAUUCUGCCCCUUCAGACCUGGAUGCUGAACUCACUGCCAGGACCAAUGGGAAAGGAAGCCCGGAUGAGCAGUCACCCAGCCCUGUCCAAUUCAUCAACAAUGCGGGAGCAGGGGACUCUAGCCGCUCCACUCUGCAGAGUGUCAUCAGUGGUGUUGGGGAACUGGAUCUAGACAAAGGGCUCAUGAAGAAAGCAGAGCCCAACACCAAAGACAAACCUUAUCCUGACUGCCCCUUCCUGUUGCUAGAUGUACGUGAUAGAGACUCUUACCAGCAGGGCCACAUUGUUGGAGCUUACAGUUACCCAAUUGCAACUCUGUCUAGAACAAUGAACCCCUAUUCCAAUGAUAUUCUUGAAUAUAAAAAUGCCCACGGCAAGAUCAUCAUUCUGUAUGACGAUGAUGAGAGGCUGGCCAGCCAGGCAGCUACCACCAUGUGUGAGCGGGGCUUUGAAAACCUCUUCAUGCUUUCUGGAGGUCUAAAAGUCUUAGCUCAGAAAUUCCCAGAAGGACUGAUUACUGGUUCCCUGCCAGCGUCUUGCCAGCAGGCCUUUCCGCCUGGUUCUGCCCGCAAACGAUCCAGCCCCAAGCUGCCACCCACACCAGCUGAGAACAAAUGGAGAUUUACCCCAGAAGACUUAAAAAAGAUAGAAUAUUAUCUGGAAGAAGACCAGGGUCCUGCAGAUAAUCCUAGCCGGCUGAACAAAACUAACUCCUCGGGGAGAGAAUCCAAAGUACCUGGUUCCCGAAGCAGUCAUCACCUGCCUGCAGGGGGCCCUGCCAGCCACUCCAACCCCCGCUCCCAGAGCAGUGGUCACCUGCAAGGCAAACCCUGGAAGUAAAAACUGCCUCAUUUAGUCAAAUAAAUGUUUUCCUUCCCGUGGAAUCCCUGAGCAGUCCCCAAGUUGGUCGUUUUCGCAAGCUGCUAUAGAGGAAAGACCACAGCUGUGGGAUAGGCCAUCUUCCUUCUCCAUGUUCAGCUCCUCUCCCUUUUAUCCCUUUUAUCUCCCCAUCAAGGAUUUUGACAGAUGACCAUGAAACCCAGAGGUGUGAUAGGCUCUAGUGUCCUCCGUAUUGUUUACAGAAUAUUUAAGUUUUUUGAAACUGAAUAGGAACCCCCCCCCCCGCUUCCAAUACCAUCCAGCUUGUUUGCUCUAUAUCCAAUGCUGUUUUGUAAAUACUUCAGUCACAUCUGCUGGUGUAUUCUUCCCAAUCAGUUUUUUCAUUCACUGUGAAUUUCAUGAGAGCUGCCCCAGGUGGGCUUGGUGUGGGCAGCUGUCCGCAGGGAUGCAGAUGCAUCUUUGUCCCAUCAGCCCAAAGGCCUCGCACCAGGCACAGGCAGCUGUCUAAGGCAUGCUCUGCUCAGCAUGCUGCAGGCUCUGUUUGGAGUUUGGAAGUGGUGCCUGUGGGCAAGGCUCAGUUUUACAAUUUAGUGGAGAAGCUCUACACUUCCUGAAUGCUCCCCUUCAUUAAAUGGUUUCCUGGGGCCAGAAAGGUGUGUGUUCAACUGUCAUCACUGCAGGAGAAGGGCCUCACCCAGGAGCACCCAGCCUGUGUUGAGAGCCCCCAGAAGCUCCCACAGCCGUGCCUCACUUGUGGUCAGUAUAGCAGUUGUAUAUUUCCAUUGCCCCACUCAGGUCCAUCUGCAUUAAAUGGGUAGAAAUUGUGGCCACUUGAAAACAUUAGCUUCACUCAGGCAACUGGGGAACACACAAGGUGAGGAGGACUCGAGAGUCCUCUGUCAGGGCUGACAGCCCCUUAAACCCUUGCUUAAAAAUACAGUAUUAGUCUAAUUGAGUAAUUAGUGCAAUUUCCUGCUUACUUUUCAUUCUCAUGACUGAGCUGUGAUUAGGAGAUUGUGAUUAUAGAUUCUGGUUUUGGCCGGAAUUUUGAAUCAGCAUUAAUUGAAUUGCUAGAUAACUGACAUUCAUUCUGUUUAAUUGGGGGAACAAAAGACCUCAGGUAAGGAUGAGGAACUUUGAAAUCAUGCAAAAAGGAAAAGAGCCUUGUUAAUUUUUAUGGUCUAUGAUUGUGGCUGUGAUAAGGGACUGAGGAAUAAAUUGUGCUCUUUGUCAUGGCAACCAGCUUCUGAAAAGCCAACUGAAAAUUGCCUGUCCUUAGGUGGUUACUGCUGCUGGGUAAGAUUUGCCUUAACAGUACUAUUUCUCACCACCAAAAGAAAAAAAUGGCACCACAGUAUUUCUAGCACGGGGGCUGUGUUUGUACAAGAAAUAAACAUAAUAAAUGUCUCAUAGAGACAUAUGGAAAAAUAACUCAGAUUCAGCCCAGUUCUGUUUUACAGUGUGUUUAUCCUUCUCUACUUGAUUUCCAAAGUGCAACAUUUUCCAGUGCUUUAGAAUCAAACAAACCAGGGACAUUGUUGAGAAGUCAAGACGUGCCCAAUUUUCCACAAGAUUCAAGAAUCUUGUAUAAAAUUCAGCCAACAUACACAUAGCUUUAAUGAGGAGCCUUUCGUGUUUCCCAUAAAUUUAUUGCCUGAGAACUUAGUUCAGCCUUUUUGAGUGCUCUGGCUUUUUAUUUUCUUUAUGGCAUAUAUAAAAAAAAUGCAAACAUUUCCACACUUCUCUGGACAAAUUUUUAGCCAUCUUUGAUGCAUAUACAUCUUUAAGGAAAAAUGCUUCGCUCUAUAACAAUGUUCUGGUUAUGCCAUUUUAAAGUUGAGUAAUCAGGAGAUUAGACUUCCCUACUGGAUUCUGUUUUCAAAGCAAUGUCCCCCUUUUUCCUAUUUUCCACUCCCAUUAUCACAGAUUAGUGUUUGAAACUCCAGUAUAUAGAAAGACAGUUUAGCCAAACCUACAAGAUUGCUGUGUAUUUGCUAGAGAAAUCUAGCAGGUUGAAUAUAUUUAUGUAUGUUACUCCAUAGUGCUUUGCCCAGUUGGUGAGGAUUUUAAAAUUCCAAAAGACCUGUUCUAAUUCCACAUUUUGUGUGUUAAAUGUCACUAUCAGACAUUUUUUACAUGCUCAAGGUAUUUCUUUUAAUAUUCUACUUUACUAGUUUCUUCAUUAGAUUAUUUGACAUGUAUUAUUUAAAUGAUCACUGAUAUUUUGUGCAAUUAUGAAUGUUGAAGAUUAAAGAACAUAGUUCCUAAUUUGUCGUUUGCUAUUAAUGUGCUGAAACCUGCCAACUUUUCUCUUCCUCUCUGUCAAGGUGAUUUGAAAGAGCCCCAGGAGACUGGGUGAUGGGAAAAAUACCUCUUUUUGCUGCUUCUCCCAGAAAGGCAUAUAUAUUCUUCGUGUAAAUGAAUCGGGAGAUCCCCGUAGAACAAGAGACGCUGGCUCUCUAGUCAGAAGGCAUGGGUUUUGUUUCAGGUCAGGCAGGGACCAAUGGCCACCAUGAGCAGAUUGUAUCGUGGAUUUCUUGCCACUCUUUUGGGGAUUCAUCAGCUGCCUUUGUCUGGGGAAGGGAGGUGUUUUAUCAAACUGUAACAAUAGUCCACUAUCCAACAGUGAUGGCCAAAGUUUAGUAAUAUGUUAAAUGCCUCAAAAUGGUAUGUAUUUAAGAAAGAAAGGAGUGAAGGAAGGAAAGAGGCAAAGAAACAAGAAGGAAGGGAAGAGGGAAAAAGCUACAUUACUCAUUUGAAAACACAGAAUAUCCUGGGCUAUAAUGAUGUCAGAUUCAAUUGUUGAAAAGUAUGAGAUGACUCAAAGGUCUCAAAUUAAUUUUCACUUUUUACUUGAAGGAGAAAGCCAGAACCAGUAUGAUUGUAUUGAACUUGAUAUAAAUCAGAAUUAAAAGGGAACAGAUAAUGUUCAUUAGUUGCUGAAGGAUGUUUUUUUCCUAUAGUACUAUUUUUGUUAUACAAAAAUUCUUGACACUUUAAGCUACUCACCAAGAAAAUAGAAUAAAACAAAAACCUUCUCUUUUCUAAUUCCCUUAUGAAACAUAAAUGAAAUCAAGAGUUCUGGGUUGGAAGAAAUAUGUAGGAGAUUUUUGUUGUGUUGGUUUUGGUUUUUAUCUUUUGUUUUUGUUGUUAGAGUCUGUCUUUCAUGUUACCUGAUUUUUUUUAUGGGCAGUAACUAAUUUCUGUCCACUUGGAUUUAAAUCCAAGACUACAUUCUUGCUGUAUUCUGAAGAUAGUCAUACAGAGCCUUUUGUUGAUUCCAAAUGUUCUCAGUAUUUUUUUUUUAGUACUAGGAAUCGAACUCGGGUCCUUGGGCUUGCGCAGCAGGUGGCAAAACCACUGAGCUAAAUCCCCAGCCCCUGUUCUCAGUAUUUUUAAUGUGUGUUUAUUAUCAAAAUUCUUUUAAAGUUGUAAUUCCCAUAAUACUUUUUGUUUCCAGAACCAUCAGAAAUGGGCUGGGGAUUUAGCUCAGUAGUUCUGGCACCUGACUCAAGUGCCCAAAGUCCCGAGUUCAAUCCCCGGUACCAAAAAAAAAAAAAAAAAAGAA